AUGUCCAAACACACAACGGCCGUGACUACCUUCGAGUAUGAUGACUCGGAGAGCGACAUCGUCGCUGGCCUUGACGCCUUGGCCCUUACGCCAACCACUUCAUCCGAGACUCCCAGCAAACGCAUGUCUCUCCUUGAACAAUGGAAUGACUAUUUCCAAAAGGGCAACCUGGAAGACUUCCAGCGACUGUGUGUCGAUCUAGGCCUUCCUGGUGAUCUGCCUAGCAAGACAAAAUGCCGACAACAGAAGCGCGCUUAUGCGUUGGACGAGGAAGAAUAA